AUGGCCAACGAAGGAGAUGAUGUCAAGGUACUGGGCACGGCGGCGAGCAUGUUUGCGAUCCGCGUGCGCAUGGCGCUGCACGCCAAGGGCGUGAGCUACGAGUACCUGGAGCAGGACCUGUUCCACAAGGGCGAGCUCCUCCUCGCCUCCAACCCGGUGCGCAAGGCGGUCCCCGUGCUCAUCCACGCCGGCAGGCCCGUCUGCGAGUCGCUCGCCAUCGUCGAGUACAUCGACGAGGUCUGGGCCGGCGCCGCCUCGCUCCUCCCCGCCGAUCCCUAUGACCGCGCCGUCGCCCGCUUCUGGGCCGCCUACGUCGACGACAAGGCUGUCCCCACGUGGAUAGGGAUCAUGAGGGCGGCCACGGAGGAGGACAGGGCGGAGAGGCUGGCCGCUGCGCUCGCGGCCGUCGCGCCAUUGGAGGACGCCUUCGCCCAGUGCUCUGGCGGGAAGGCCUUCUUCGCCGGCGACUCCAUCGGGUACGUGGACCUCGCGCUCGGGUGCAACCUCUUCUGGAUCGAGGCGCUGCGCCACAUGUUCGGCAUCACUGUCAUCGACGCCGGCAGGACCCCGCGCCUGGCCGCCUGGGCUGAGAGGUUCGUGGAGACGGAGGCUGCAAAGAAGGCGGCGCCACCCAUGGAAAGCAUGUUGGAGGAGGCCGAGAAGCUGCGGGCUAUGUGGGCUGCGGCGGCUGCCAAGUAAUUAUUGGCUAGCUCGGAGGAGCUUCUUUAUUUUUCGGUCGUCACUUCUGUUUGGAGGUUUUGCAGUCGUCACCUUUUUUUUACAUUAGCGUCAGUCGUCACGUUAAUUAUUACUUUAUGAGUAUUAGUUACCUAUAUGAAGUACUGUGAAUUUCACUCCUCUAAGUUGUAUGAUCGAUUUCAUUGCAUAAUAAGACGGUAUUGUAUUUUUUGU